CACUGCUGGACCCACUUCCGGAAGCAGCUUUCACACGUGUGAACAGUUCGUCGAUGUUUAUGAAGUUGCUAUCUGCUUGGCGGCUGUUUAACGCUUUACCCCAACACGUCCUUGGACCGCGGGGGGGAUUAAACCUCGGUUGCUGAAGAAAUCGAAGUCAGAAGGACGAUGGAGACGAAAGAGCACAAGCGGCACCAGCACAAGCAAAGCGGGCCCAAGGCGGAGAAAAAGAAGAGGAGGAAGCAGCAGGAGAAGGGGGCUGCAGAGAACAAGGAUGUGCGCAAGAGGAACCCCAAAGCGUUCGGAGUGCAGUCUGCCAUGCGCAUGGCCCGCACCUUCCACCGGACCCAGGACCUGAAGACAAAGAAGCACCACAUCCCCCUGGUAGACCGCACGCCCCUGGAGCCCCCACCAAUCGUUGUGGUGGUGGUAGGACCGCCACGCGUGGGAAAGAGCACCAUCAUCCGCUGCCUGAUCAAGAACUACACCCGGCAGAAGCUGGGUGACAUCAGUGGGCCUGUGACCAUUGUGUCAGGGAAGAAACGGCGUCUGACCUUCGUUGAGUGUGGAAAUGACAUCAACACCAUGAUUGACCUGGCUAAGGUCGCUGAUCUGGUCCUGAUGCUGAUCGAUGCUAGCUUCGGGUUCGAGAUGGAGACGUUUGAGUUCCUCAAUAUCUGCCAGGUGCACGGCUUCCCACGAAUCAUGGGGGUCUUGACGCACCUCGACUCCUUCAGGAACACCAAAACCCUGCGCAAGACCAAAAAACACCUGAAGCACCGCUUCUGGACUGAGGUGUACCAGGGGGCCAAGCUCUUCUACCUGUCUGGUAUGGUGCAUGGAGAAUACCAGACGCAGGAGGUGCGGAACCUGGGUCGCUUCAUCUCUGUCAUGAAGUUCCGGCCGCUUGUGUGGCAGACCUCACACCCCUAUGUGCUGGCUGACCGCAUGGAGGACCUGACCGAUCCUGAGGCUGUGAGGGUGGACCCCAAAUGCAAUCGGACUGUGUGCCUGUAUGGAUACCUGCGAGGGACAUACCUGAAGAACAAGACCCAGGUCCACAUUCCGGGUGUGGGGGACUUUGCCGUGAGCGACAUGAGCUUCCUGCCUGACCCGUGUCCCCUGCCUGAGGAGCAGAAGAAGCGCGCCUUGGACCAAAAGGAGCGACUGCUCUACGCCCCCAUGGCUGGGGUUGGGGGUGUCGUGUACGACAAGGACGCUGUUUACAUCGACCUGGGGGGGAGCCACAUGGAGCAACCGCAGGGGGAGCCGCGUCCCGCCACUGAACUGGUCCAGUCCCUCAUCGGCACACACACCACGCUGGACGCCAAGAUGGCUGAGAGCAAAGUGUCCCUCUUUAGUGACGGUGCGGCCCUGACCUCAGAGGAGAUGCUGCAGGGGGGGGAGAUCCAGGGACCCACGGAGAGCCGGGUUUGGGACCCCGUGGCACAGAGGGAGAGGCGGAAGGCCGUGUUCAGCGACGGGGAGGAAGAGGGAGGCAGUGAGGAAGAUGGGGAGGAGAGUGAUGAAGAUGAGGGGGGAAGGGAAAGUGAGGAGGAGGAGGAAACGGAGGAAGUACAAGAGGGGCAAAGUGGCCCUCCUGUGAAGAAGCAGCGGGUGGGGGGGACGGUGGAGCGAGGCCCCCUACAGGAGGUGCCUGCUUUCGCAGAUAGUGAGGACGACCUCGAGAUGAGUGAGGAGGAAGAGGAGGAGGAAGAGGGAAGGGAAAGAGCAGGAGGCGUAGCAGCCGACUCAGGUCACUGUUCAGAGGAAGACAUGAGUGAUGAUGGCAGUGAUGAUGAAGAGGAUUCUGGGAGUUCAGAAACUGAAGAGGCCAGCACCCCUAAGGGUACCACAGGAAAGAUCGACAGGUCAAAGGUCAAGGCCCCAGAAGAAUGCGCUGAGGAUGAUGAAGAGGACAGUUCUGGUGCUGAGGAAAAACCCGUCGCUCUAGUAGGUAUAAGCAGCAGAAUGAAGAAGUCAGUGGCGAAGGGGAUGGAUGCUGAGGAUGAUGGUGACGAAGAUGAUGACGAAGAUGACGACGAUGAUGAUGAAGAUGACGAUGAUGACGAAGAUGAUGAUGAUGAAGACGAUGAUGAUGAUGAUGAUGAUGAAGAAGAGUUCACUACUUUGAAAGGUGUCAGCAGUGAGGAGAAGCGUAAGAUCACGGCGCCAUUACAGGGAAUGGAGGAGGAAGGUGAAGGUGAGGAAGAGCCCUGCUUCGAAUCUGCAGGUGCCCUGAAGUGGAAGGAGGACCUGGCGCAGAAAGCCUCCGCCGUGUUUCUACGCCAACAGCAAGCAGCCCCCAAUCUGCGCAAGCUGGUCUACGGCACUGUGGUUCAAGAGGAAGAGGAGGCUGACGAAGAGGAAGAGCUCGGAGGUCUGUUCCGGGUCAGCCGGCCAGAGAAAGGCAGGAAGCAGAGGAUGGAUGCGCUGGACUGCUCUCGCUUCACCCCCGACGGAGUGCGCGACUGGGACCGAGAGGAGGUGCUCGACUCCAUCAGGGACUGCUUUGUGACGGGCCAAUGGGAAGAGGACAAGGACGCUGCCACCCUCUUGAAGGAGGACGAGGAGUUGUAUGGAGAUUUUGAAGAUCUGGAGACUGGAGAGGUGCACAAGGGGCAUGCUGGACAGCAGGAGGACUGUAAGGAGGAGGAAAGUGAAGAGGAGGAUGAUGAAGAAGAAGAGGAGGUGCUGGUGAAAGAAGAUGAAGAGGAGAAACUGAAGAAGAAACGUGUGGAAAAGAAAAGGCGCCUUAAGGAGCGAUUCGACUUGGAGUAUGACGAUGGAGACGCCACCUAUUUCGAUGACCUAAAGGAGGAGAUGCAGAAGCAGGCAGAGCUGAACCGGGCUGAGUUCGAGGACAUGGAGGACCAGAUGCGGGUCCAGUACGAGGGCUUCCGGCCCGGCAUGUACGUGCGUCUGGAGAUCCCGGCCGUGCCCUGCGAGUUUGUCACCAACUUCGACCCUCACUAUCCCAUCAUCCUGGGAGGCCUGGGUGCCAGUGAGGGCAAUGUCGGCUACCUGCAGAUGAGGCUGAAGAAGCACCGCUGGCAUCAGCGCAUCUUGAAGACGCGGGACCCGCUGAUCCUGUCACUGGGCUGGAGACGUUUCCAGAGUAUUCCGCUGUACCACAUCGAGGACCACAAUGGGCGUCACCGGCUGCUCAAGUACACACCCCUGCACAUGCACUGCAGUGCCACCAUCUGGGGUCCCAUCACUCCCCAGGGCACUGGCUUCCUGGCAGUACAGUCUGUAACUGGAGUUCAGGCUGGCUUCCGCAUCGCUGCUACUGGUGUGGUUCUGGACUUGGACAAAUCAGUGACCAUUGUGAAGAAGCUGAAGUUGAUUGGAUACCCUUACAAGAUCUACAAAAACACGGCCUUCGUCAAGGGGAUGUUCAACACGAACCUGGAGGUGGCCAAGUUUGAGGGCGCCUCCCUGCGGACAGUCAGCGGCAUUCGGGGGCAGGUGAAGAAGGCGCUGCGUGAGAGUCCAGGCGCCUUCCGGGCCACCUUUGAGGACCGGCUGCUCAUGAGCGACAUCGUUUUCCUGCGCUCCUGGUUCCCUGUAACCGUGCCACAGCUCUACAACCCGGUGACGUCGCUGCUGCUGUCUCUGGGCAACAAGGACAGCUGGACGGGCAUGAGGACACUGGGCCAGCUGAAGAGGGACCUGGGCGUCCGCAACCAGCCCGACAGGGACUCCCUGUACAAGCCGGUGCUGAGGGCCCCCCGCCACUUCCACCCCCUGCACGUGCCGCCGCAGCUGCAGAAGGCGCUACCCUUCAAGAGCAAGCCCAAGCAGGAGCAGCGGAAGGGGGCCGUGCCCCGGGACCUGAGGAGGCCGGCCGUUAUCAGGGAGCCCCACGAGCACAAGGUGGCAGCCUUGCUGACAGCUCUCAGCACGGUCCACAACUACAAGAGGAAGAGGGCCCACAGUCAGCAGCACGGCAAGCACAAAGAGUUCCUGAGGCAGAAGGAGCGUGAGGAGGAGGAGAAACUCAAGCGGCAAAAGGAGGCGCGCAAGAAGAUGUACCGUAUGAUGGGCCAGCAGGAGCAGAAGAGGGAGAGAUCCAGCCUGAAGGGGGCAGCGCAGGACAGCUAGUGCUGUUUGGAUGCCUUGGGGACCUUCCGUCCGACGUCCUCUCUGUCAGACAGACAUGGGGGCGGGGCGGGGGGGGGGCUGCCAGGCUGGAUUACCAUAGGGACAGUGUUUGAAGAGUGCCCUCCCCCUGACAGAGCGCUCUGUCUGUCUGCAGGAGCUCUUCAUGUGUCAUUAUUUACAAAGUUUUUGUUGCCUACUGCUGGGUUAUAAAUGCUUGUUUUUACCUGCUGCUUUGGCUGUUGGCUGAUGUGUCAGCUGAGGACAGCUGACUGUGAGUGAAGCGGCUCAGAGGAGUGUCCUGUGCCCUGGGGCUCAGCGGGAGCCGUAUCAGAGCAGAACAGGCUGCCUUUAUAUAGCGUGCGAGCGUGUCAGCCCGGAAGCCCAGGUGUUCAGAAUGAGUUUUAAGAAGCGAAAUCACAGCCCUCCCAGUCACAUGACCUGAUCGUUUGCUCAUUUCUGUGCAUGAUUUUUGUUUAACACUGUUGCUGAAUGGUGUUGGCCGGUCAAUUUCGACAGCAACAGGAUGGCGUGAUGAAAAUGCCUCCUGACACCGAAGGGGGAAGCGGUGGGUCACAAGUCACGGACGUGUGCAAAGGAUGACUGCUGGUGUAGACCGCAGGCUUUUAUACCACAGUGACAUACUCAGGGUAUAUAUAAUGUUUAACUGCAUCUGCAUUUUGUGAAAUUGACAGCUGCCUAAGAAUGGGUGUUUGGGUUUGUCGGCCUGAGCCAGUCGCCAUUGGGUGACGUGCUCAUUGACAGCCAUGACCUGAAGGUAGGUUCAGAAUUUCCAGCUGCAGAAGGGUGUCGCUGAUCUGGUUCUGAGCCAGGGCUCAACCCGCUAAAUGGGAGAGCGGCAACACAGCUGUCUAGAAUUGUAAUGUACUCUCUGGUAAAUUAAAUACGCAGUUAGUGAAA